UGCCCGCCGCCGAGAAAUGUCAACGAAGAAGCGGUGGCAGCAGCCGCAAGGGAGAAAGCGCAGAUUCCGCGAACGCUCUGGGAAAGUUGAGACGACACAGAAAGCAAGCGGAGCUUCAAGUCGGAGUGAAGAUGGAGUCGCCGGCGGUGGAGCUUGACGGCAGUUUCAUGGAGGGCGGCGGCCAAAUCUUGAGAGUGGCGGCGGCGCUCGGCUGCAUCGGCGGAUCGUCCGUCACGAUCUCCAAAAUCCGAGCAGGCAGGAGCACCCCGGGACUCAGGCCCCAGCACCUGAGCGGCCUUCGGCUGGUGGCCGACAUGUGCGCCGGCGUCUUGCGGGGCGGCGCCGUCGGCUCCACGGACAUCAGCCUGACCCCGGGGAAGAUCCGAGCUGGAAAUUACACGGCGGACACGCGCACGGCAGGGAGCGUGUGUCUUUUGCUGCAGGUGGCGCUCCCGUGCGCUCUCUAUGGCGACGCCCCCUCCAACUUGCGCCUCAGAGGAGGAACCAAUGCGGACAUGGCGCCGCAAAUCGAUUACACGCUCCAGGUCUUCAAGCCCGUCGUGGAGAAGUUUGGAGUCCACUUUGACUGCGACAUCCAAAGGAGAGGCUUUUACCCGAAGGGCGGCGGGGAGGUGACCGCAAGGGUGCCCGCGGUCCAAGAGCUGCGGCCGGUCACCUUGUUGGAGAGGGGAGCCGUCGCCAAGAUUCACGGCCGGGCGUACGUCGCCGGCGGCCUGCCCUUCAAGCUGGCCGAAGACAUGGCGGCGUCUGCCGCGCGCGCCAUCCGGCGAGAAGUCCGGGAGCUCGACGUCAACAUUGGAGCGGUGCAGGAGGAGGAGAAGGCCUGCGGAAACGCCAGCGGAAUCAUAAUCGUGGCGGAGUCGUCCACCGGAUGUUUGUUUGCCGGCUCCGCUUUGGGCAAGAAAGGCGUGCGCGCUGACACAACGGGCGCGGAGGCCGCGGAGAUGCUGCUACGAAACCUUCGCCACGGCGGCUGCGUGGAUGAAUUCCUGCAGGACCAGCUCAUCAUCUUCAUGGCGCUGGCCAAGGGGACGUCUCGGAUCCGGACGGGCGCCGUCACCCGCCACACGCAAACCGCCAUCCACGUGGCCCAGCGGAUGACUCGGGCAAAGUUCACCGUCAGCAAAUGCGCCGACACGCCCGACGUCACGCACGUCAUCGAAUGCCUCGGCUCCGGCGUCCCCAACCCAAACCUGGUCCGCGGGACCCCUUCCUGCGCCGCCCGCACAAAUAUGUAGUGGAGUUCACCGAAUGAGUCCUCAAUAAAUGAAUCGAGCGUCA